AUGAGCAACACUGGCGCCGACACGAUGCCCAUGUACCGGAAUGGGCUGCAGUUCAGCCUCAAGCCGGAGAUGGAGCCCAACAACAGCGACUUCCGGUUCGAGUUCGUUGUGAGCGACAGCGACGUCUACUACACAUUCUUGAUGGGAGGCAGCAACAGCGGCGUCGGUGUCGUGUCGCGGUUCGUGCUGAACUAG